AAGCAUAGCAGUAAUUGUAGAGCUUUGAUCAAACCUAUAGAAUAGCCUAAAAUGGGGCAAACCAAAGCCAUUUGGUGGGUUUUUGUGGGAAUUCUAGCAACGAUUUUGCCUGUAAAAGCUCAGCUGGCUGUUGGGUUUUACUCCAAAUCUUGUCCUAGAGCUGAGUCCAUUGUCAGGUCCACUGUUCAGUCAUAUUACAAGGCUGAUCCCACCGUCGCUGCUGGGUUGCUCAGGCUUCACUUCCACGACUGUUUCGUUCAGGGGUGCGAUGGUUCAGUGUUGAUCAUGGACGAACGAGCUGAAAUAAAUGCAGGGCCAAAUAUGGGGUUGAGAGGCUUUGAAGUAGUCGAUGAUGCAAAAGCUCAGCUUGAAAAUCUGUGCCCUGGGGUUGUUUCUUGCGCGGAUAUACUUGCUUUGGCUACUCGUGAUGCUGUAGACUUGAGUGAUGGCCCAAGCUGGUCUGUGCCCACUGGAAGAAGGGAUGGGCGAGUGUCUAUGAGUUUCCAAGCUGAAGAUCUUCCUUCUCCAUUUGAGCCCAUUGAUGUCCACAUACAAAAGUUCGCUGAGAAAGGGCUUACUGAAGAAGAUCUUGUAACCCUAGUUGGUGCGCACACGAUCGGACGAACAGACUGCCAACUAUUCAGUUACCGGCUACAGAACUUCACAAGCACAGGGAAUGCAGACCCAACCAUAAACCCAUCCUUCUUGACCCAACUCAGAACGCUGUGCCCAUUGGAUGGAGAUCCGUUCAGAGGCGUGGCAAUGGACAAGGACAGCCAGUUGAGAUUCGACAACAGCUUCUUCAAGAACUUGGUCAAUGGAAAUGGUGUUUUGGAGUCGGACCAGAGGCUGUGGCAACACGCUUCAACCAAAGACAUUGUGCAGAGGUAUGCGGGCAACUUAAGGGGCUUGCUCGGCCUCAGAUUUAACUAUGAGUUCAAGAAAGCCAUGGUUAAGCUGAGUAGCCUCGACGUCAAGACCGGCACACAAGGGGAGAUUAGAAAACUCUGUUCCCAGUUCAAUAACCAGUGAUGAGUUCAAUACUACUCAAAAUAAUCAUCUCUAUUAUCUUCCAUAAUCGGAAUAAUACGAACUUAUAAGUACAUGCCUA